AUGUCUCAACAACGAAAAUCAAAUUCAAUGAAAACAAGACGCUCAGCCAUUUUACAUUUUUGGAAUAGUGGCCAACGAUCUCCAGCUGCAAUAUCUCGUAUAACAAAGAUUCCUCUUAGAACUGUCAAAUAUAAUAUCACGAAGAUUAAACAACAAGGUACAAUUGAAGACCGACCACGUAAAGGUCGACCUCGCGAGAUUACUGCGAGCGACAGUAAAGCACUUGGCCAAUGA